AUGGUAUUCAACACCAAGACUGAGUAUUCGGAGGUGCAUCAGAGCGAAGAGGGCUCGGAUGGGGAAGGUAGCCCCAGGAUGCCACCGCCAUCCAAUAGACUUACUCACUCUGGGUACCGCAUGCUCAUGGUAUCUACUUUCCUGUGCUGCAUUGUUUCGGUGGCGGUAGGCUUCUUUCUGGGCACAUACGGCUUCUCUCUGGGUGUUCGACAGACAGCAUGCGUUCCGGAGCCAAAGAAGGCUGAUCCGGCCACCGGACUUGGCAUGGCGACAAUCGAUGAGGCGCCUUUCAUCACCGAUGUGCCCCUGGUCCGUAAGAAAUUUGAACAUGACUCUUCGUACAACUUCACAGCUCCGGGUGCCAACCAGAAAUGGCUUGAUCUCAUCUCAUUUGGCAAACCAUUUGUUGCGCUGAACGACCCAGCCAAGUAUGGAUUGCCCGACUAUUUCCAUAAAGAUGCACUUCAACCUGAAGGCUUGCAGCCUGUUGCUUGGAAUGUCUUCCACCAGCUUCAUUGUUUGGUAUGCAUUCGCACAACGUAUAUGAAGCUGGCUUUGGACUUGGACGGCGGCUACGAUGUCUGUACGCGCCAGCACAUUGAACACUGCUUGGAGAGUCUUCGUCAAGCCACGAUGUGCGCAGGAAAUAUGAACAUGGAGCGAUUUGAAUUCAUCCAUUAUCCUGGCCACGAUGACUUCGUCCCUAAGCUGGUCGGUCAGCACGAAAUGCACACAUGUCGUGACUGGGAAGCAAUCAAGGGCGUCAUCAAAAGAGUGAGGGCUGAGAACAUUCCCGUCGACAAGUAUGGCAAGCGUGUUUCUCAACCUUAA